AUGGCGCGAUACAGAAAGGCAGUGCACAGCGCACUGUGGGUGCAGUUAGCAUUAGUUGUCUGUUAUUUGCCAUAUUUUAUAGUGACAAUUGUAAUUAGCGAGAGUAGUCCAUAUCCACCUUACUUAUUGGUGGUCAUCAGGGAAAUAGCAGUUGUCCUAGUUUACUUUAACUCGACGUUAAACCCGUUUCUUUAUUGCUGGAAGAUUAGUGAAGUGAGACAAGCAGUGAAGCGGACAAUCAGACAAGUACUUUGCUGUCCAUGGACUUAGUUCUCUCUAGAUUUACAAUCUGUUGUUGAUAUUCUUUAUUUCCUCAUCCCAAAAGGCAGCGAAACCGAAACACUAUAACCACAUCUUUAAAAUAUUUUUCAAGAGAAGCCACUUAACGUAAAUACCACAAUACAUAAACGAAACGAAGAGUAUGCAUUCAUCCAUGAUAGAGGAAAAAUAAAGAUACGUUACUUUAAUUCUGCUGUCUUGUUUAACUUUCAUGUUAAAGUUAAUAAAGUCUGAUCUUAACGUUCCAGCGAAGGAGAACUGAUGGAUGAAUUUGUUUUUUGACGAUAAAAUAAUUUGGAUUCCUUUUUCUUUCUAAAAUAAAGCGCUUGACGUUAACAUUAUAUUGCGAUACGAGUCGGUCACAAGUCAGCAAUAAACCUGAAUUUGUUUUAUUGUAAAAGAAUCCAAAAUGCAUAUGAUUUUAGAAAUGUUCAUAUUACCAGUGAAAAAUGCGUGUGUGUUUAGAAUAACGUUGAACAUCCCCAACUCCUACAGAGUUCAUUACAAAAUAUCUCGAUUUCCGAAAUUGAAUGUAGCACUUCAACCUCUUCGCUUGGCGAGAAAUGAAUUUACAACUGAAAAAGUUUGAUCUUACGUUGUGAAAUAAUGAUAGAAUCACAGGUGUCUGUGCGUUUGACUCUUGAUGCUAAUUUGUUCCUUAAUUAAAUUUUACUGCCGAAUUAAACAAACACGUAGUUGUGGCGCACAAUAGACUUCCGGCUUUAUUUUGAGGCCUUAAAGGAAUGAAGCUGAAUAAAAUUUUACAAAAGUGCUUUUUGCUUACAAAUUGUCGCCUUUUGUUUGAUAAUGUGAAUAUAAGGCACAAACGUGAUCAUUAAAAAAAACUGUCAUACUUGUCAUUCAAAAGGGAUUUCAUGGCUACAUUUUUAAGGAGUAAACGCUAGUGACAAUGAUGAUUGAAUUUACAAAAGCAGGGCAACGUCAUAUACAUCUCAGAAUAAAAAUAGAUAUGUCUUGUGACAGAUUAGGCAGUUCGUAAGAGCGUUAUAAAAUAAGAGAAUGCUUCUGAGGAAGAUGUUUAAUUAGAUGUUGCUAAGAAGGUGAAUUAUUCACGGCCGGGCGGAUGUUGUGGAAAGAGCAAAAAUUUCUCGUAACAUAAAGUCAAAUUAGCCCACGAGAAACGACCCUUUUUUAUAGAACUACCUAAUAAUGUAGAAUAUUUUGUAGCGUUAAUAGUGUCUCUCGUCAAAAAGAAAUGCGAUUUUCUUAUCUAAAAUUUAAUACAUAAUAACCUUUUCAGAAAAUGGCAAGUAUCAAUAUAAAAAAAAAAGCCUCCCGUUUUUCUGUGUGAAAGGAGAUGAUUUGUUGAUGCGCUACUAAGGACGUCGUCUGCAGCCUUUGUCGAUAAACGCAGCGGACGUAACCUACAUAGCGAGCUAUGCAUUAUGUGGAGGGUCUUUGAUGACGAUGGCCAUCAGCGUGGACAGACUUCUCGCCCUGUUAUUGGGGCUGAGAUAUAAACAAACUGUAAUUUUGAAGUGCACAUAUAUCAUUGCAGCUACCAUUUGGGUUUUAUUCAGUGUCGCUGCUUUAUGUUAUUCCAUACACACAUACACACCCUACGGAGCUUUUCAGAGUCAAUGUUACAUUACAAAAUUUCAGGAAAAAGUAAUACCUGAUGAUCUCACAAGUUCAAAGGAAGAAAACAAAAAAUUUACUUUUCUUUGACAUAAAAGACAUAUCCUGAUGCAAUGUAAAUAAGAAAGGCUGGUAGAGAAGUUUUAUUUGAAAAUUAUCAAAGAAGUCAUUAAGGUCCCAGCGAUCGUCACUCGGCGAAUGUUGUUCAGACAAAAUAUUUCUUGCCGCAAUCAAAGAUAAACUAUAAGAAAAAGGAAACAAGUGACAGAAUAAUGUCGAUAACAAAUUUCACAAGAAAUGGAACACAGACGAAAACAUUUGAAGAACUGCAAUGUUCUUCCUCUUUAAUGGGUGGGCUUCAACGAGAAUCAGUUUCUUUCGCAGCGGUCAACAUUUUCUUCUCCAUCACAGCAUUUGUUGGGAAUUCUCUCAUCCUUAUUGCCCUUCACAAGGAAUCUUCCCUCCAUCCGCCGUCCAAACUCUUGUAUCGUUGUCUGGCAACAACAGAUCUCUUGGUUGGUCUCGUUAGCCAGCCUCUCGCUGCUUCUAGCUGGAUGUUUAUUGCUCACGAACACUGGAUUCCUUGUCAAUACGCAAUUACCGCGGCCGCUAUUACAAGCCACGUAUUAUGUGGGGUGUCUUUGUUGACAAUGACGGCCAUAAGCGUGGACAGACUUCUCGCCCUGUUAUUGGGGCUGAGAUACAGACAUAUUGUAACUUUGAAGCGCACAUAUAUCGUUGUAGUUACCUUUUGGGUUCUAUCCAGUGUCGCUGCUUUAUGUUACACUUUAGAUCACCGUAUAACCACUUGGUAUGGCCUUACAGUUAUACCAUUAUGUCACGUGAUCUCAAUUGUGUCCUACACAAAAAUUUUUUGCGCUCUGAGUCAUCAUCAUACACAAAUACAAGAUCAUGUUCAACAACAGCCGAGCCAACCAAAUGCAAUGAAUACCACACAAUACAAAAAGGCAGUGUACAAUGCACUGUGGGUUCAGUUGGCAUUAGUUGUUUGUUAUUUGCCGUACCAUUAUGGUUUAGUGUAAAUUGCGAUCAGACAAAGCAAAACAUAUUCAUCGCACCUAGUAAUCAUAGGGGGUGUAGCAUCUACAGUAAUUUACUUUAACUCAACGUUAAAUCCGUUUCUGUACUGCUGGAAAAUAAGUGAGGUGAGACAAGCAGUAAAGCAAACGAUCAGACAAGUAUUUAGCUGUCCAUAG